AUGCACUCUCUUCCACAAAACGGUUUAAACUCUAAGAGCCUUGGAGAAAUCUUCUUCGACAUUUUAAAGAACAAAGCAGAUCACACGAAAAUCGCAAUGAUCGAUAAAGUUACUAAAAAGCAGUUAAACUACGCCGAACUUCUGGAUCAAAGUUUGAAAGUGGCCGAAGAGUUGAAAGCGCUCGGUGUAGCGAAUGGUGAUUUCGUUGGGAUCGUGUCUGGAAAUCGGCCCGAGUUUUUCGUUCCUGUUUUGGCGUGCUUCUUCAUCGGCGCUACCAUCCAUCCAAUCAACAGCAUCUAUUUGUUAAGAGAGUUAAAAUCAGCUUUCGCCAACUCCAAACCUAAAAUCAUUUUCACAACUGAUGAGAGUUUGAAGAAGGUCCAGGAUCUACAAGCAGACACCGAUUACAUCGAAAACAUAAUUAACUUUGACAGGAAUUAUUUGAGUAUCGUUCAAGAACGAUCUGGAUUGAUCGAAGAGGAAAUUGUAAGUAAUUGCGACAGUGAUUCCGCGGUGAUACUCAGCUCAUCAGGAACAUCAGGAUUACCGAAGAGCGUGGUUCUUACUCAAGGCAACAUCAAGUGUUCCUUCAAUUAUUUAAAAUAUCCGUAUAUCACUGUAAAUUAUGAUGAUGUCAUUGUCGGAAUGAUGCCCUACUUUCACGUCUUAGGAUUCCUCGUGGGCAUUUCCAACAUCUACAGUCUUUCGCUAAUGGUCACCUUACAAAAGUUCCAACCCAACCACUAUUGCGAAAUAAUAGAAGAGUUUAACGUGACCUCUCUUCAGAUCGUUCCAUCUAUUGGCGUUUUCUUAGCGAAACAUCCCAUGGUGAAAAAGUACGAUUUUUCUACGGUUAAGGAUAUCGUUUGCGGCGCUGCUCCUUUGGGUGCCGAAGUUCAAAGCAUCUUAGAAAAAAGAUUUAAUUGCAAGGUCCGGCAGAUGUAUGGAAUGACGGAAACUUGCGGCGUGAUAAGUCUGGUACCAAUGGGCGAAGAAUCGAAGAUUGGAAGUGUGGGUAAACGUUUCCCUUGGGUAGACAUAAAAAUCAUCGAUAUUGAUACCAAAGAAGAGAUGGCUCAAGGCGGAAUUGGCGAGAUGUGCGUGAAGACCGCACAAAAUAUGAAAGGUUAUUUGAACAUGGAGGAAGAAACUAAAAGUAUGUAUUUAGAAGAUGGUUACCUCCGAACAGGAGAUAUUGGUUUUGUGGACGAAAACGGCGAAAUCUUCAUCGUAGAUAGAUUAAAAGAAUUGAUCAAGUAUAAAGGAUUCCAGGUUUCUCCAUCUGAAUUGGAAGACAUACUGAACUCACAUGAAUACAUCGUGGAGUCAGGCGUUGUAGGAUUACCGGACGAAAGAGCCGGAGAACUUCCAAUGGCUUUUGUUGUUAAACGAGACAAUGUCGAUCUCAGCGAAGAAGCUGUUAAGGAAUUUCUAGCUGGUAAAUUACGUUAAUUGGAUCGAUACUUUAUUAUAUAUUUAUAUGUAAUAGGUCAUGUAUCAUUGCACAAGCAACUUCACGGAGGUGUCAA